AAAUAAAAUAAAACGGGAGCACUUGCGGCGUAGCUGCUUUUCAUUUCGGAGUUUGUAAUCUGGGCCUUUGAUCGGUGUAAGGAUCAUCGCAGUCCCUCGGCUUCCGAUCAAGAGUAUAUAUAUAUAUAUAUAUAUAUAUAUAUAUAUAUGAUUAUGUACGACAAGAAGCAUCAGCAACAUCCCGGGGAGGAGGAGAUCAAACUGCUGUCAAACGCAAGUUCGGAUGGCGCCGGAAACGAACAAGAGGAAGAAGAAAGCAGGAGAAAGUACUGGUGGAAGAAGGUGUUAGAUGUGAAGGAAGCCAAGAAACAAAUCUUGUUUUCUCUGCCCAUGAUUCUUACUAAUGUUUUCUAUUAUUUGAUACCUUUGGUUUCCGUCAUGUUCGCUGGCCACCUAGGUGAGCUUGAGCUUGCAGGCGCCACCCUCGCAAAUUCCUGGGCCACCGUCACUGGCUUUGCCUUUAUGACAGGUUUAAGUGGAGCACUAGAAACACUAUGUGGCCAAGGCUUUGGUGCUAAAUUGUAUAGAAUGUUGGGAAUUCAUCUGCAAGCAUCCUGCAUCAUAUCGUUCUUCCUCUCCAUUAUAAUAUCUGUAAUCUGGUUCUAUACGGAGUCAAUUUUGGUCUUACUGCAUCAGGAUCCACAAAUUUCUGCCACUGCAGCUCUCUAUAUGAAGAAUCUCAUUCCUGGAUUAUUUGCGUAUGGAUUUCUGCAGAACAUGUUGAGGUUUCUUCAGACACAAUCUACAGUCAUGCCCCUUGUCCUAUUUUCAUUUAUACCAAUGUGCAUUCAUAUUGGUAUUGCUUAUGCUUUGAUUUACUGCACAACUCUUGGUUUUAAGGGAGCUCCACUGGCAGUUUCAAUAUCAUUGUGGUUAUCAGUGCUUAUGGUGGCCAUGUAUGUGAUAAUUGCAAAGAAAUUUGAGCACACGUGGCAUGGAUUUUCAUUCGAAUCUUUCAACUACAUUCUUACCAACAUAAAAUUAGCCCUUCCUUCUGCUGCAAUGGUGUGCUUGGAGUAUUGGGCUUUUGAGAUUCUGGUGUUCUUAGCAGGCACAAUGCCAAACUCAAAGAUAACUACCUCAUUAAUUGCUAUAUGCGUGAACACAGAAUCUGUAGCCUACAUGUUAACCUACGGUCUCAGUGCUGCUGCGAGCACAAGGGUAUCUAAUGAGUUGGGAGCAGGCAAUCCAGGCCGAGCUAAGGGAGCCAUGGCAGUGACUCUUAAGCUUUCUGUCUUUCUUGCCCUCAUAGUUGUUUUGGCUCUAGCAUUUGGUCACAAUAUCUGGGCUGCAAUGUUCAGUGACAGCCAUGCAAUAGUAGAGGACUUUGCCUCCAUGGCUACCUUGCUUGCGAUUUCCAUUACGGUUGAUUCCAUUCAAGGUGUCUUAUCAGGAGUGGCCAGAGGAUGUGGUUGGCAGCACUUAGCAGUGUAUGCUAACUUGGCAACAUUUUACAUCAUUGGGAUGCCAAUAGCAUGUCUUCUUGGAUUCAAGUUGAAGCUGUAUGUCAAGGGUUUGUGGAUUGGCUUAAUCUGUGGCCUUUCUUGCCAAGCUGCUACCCUCUCAUUGAUCACAAUUCGAGCAAAAUGGACUCGAGUAGCAGAUCUUUCUAUAAGCAGAGAUGAAGAAAACCCGCUUGUCGGUUAGCAAAAUAUCCAUUUAAUUGCUUGAUUCGAUUACAUAUAACCAUUAAUGGGUACUUUUCGGCCAUUGGCUAAUUUGUAGCUAUAGGCACUUCUUUUUCCAAUUUAUGUUUAUGUUGGUGUUGUAGAGUCCCAAAAUAAUUAUUUUUAGAGAAAAUUCAAGAUGUUAGACACAAUCUUUACCUUCAAUAAACUUCAAAAGGAUCAAUUAAGCCAACCUCAAUUGGUCCAAUAGCAAGCAUUUUAGUUGCUUAUGCUUCAUACUCUAUUUGCAGCUAGCCAAAUGCUAAAUUAGAAUCACACUGAAAGGGAGUACGUAGUAGAUAUUGAAGUUUCUUAGAAGUGCUAAACCAAAUGGUAUAGAAUGCUUCAAACUGAAAAGACUCCUUUUAUAGAAAUGGGUUGAUUCACCUUUUGAUCCACUACUGUCAUGAAACAAACUGAGAUCAACGCAAUCAAGCUAAAUCAGCACAAAAUAGACAUGAUAUCACAUAUAUUUUAUUAAUUUAGGCAAAAUAAAAUGUGAAACUUUUAUUUUCCAUGCAUUGCAAUUGAAGAUGGAAGCAUUUCACAUGGACUAAAGAAAAAUGCUACAUACAAUUAAUUGAGCACCAGCAAAAGAAAAGAGUCCAGCACCGGAAGCAGUUCCAUCAUUUUGCAUCAACAUUGUAUCACUCCUUUUUCUCUUCCUUGGAAUCCUCUACCUUGGCUUCCUUUGCCUUUGGUUUUCCCUGCUUGGGCUUCAUGAAGCAGAAACAUGAGCAACAAGGACACUGGAACAAGAACUUCAUUGCUUAUGCCUGCUUUCACUUCUAAAAAUGUACCCAAAACCUUAUAUCUAGCAGAAGUGUUAGCUUUCCCUAUGCCUUUUUAUCUUCUUUUUUCUUCCUUUUCUUAUUUUAUUUUAUUUUUUUUGGGUUACUGCCUCUUUAUCUUCUUUCUCAUCUAAUAAUGUUGUUUCAUUUUUUCAGAAUUUUUAAUUAUCCAUAGGAUUCCAAUUCAAUCGCUUUCAAUAAAGAAGAUGCUAGCCUAACAAUGCCAGCUCUAGAAUGAGAAGUGGUGGGGCUGCCCAUGAGAAACAAAAAAAUUAAUGCUUCUAAUCAGGCUUCUCUUUGUGGGUCAUGUUUCACCGCUAGUUUAGAAAUUUAGAGGCUCCUUUUUUAUUUCUUUGUCUCACCCUAAAAUAUGAUUCCCAAGCUGGCAAGCAAUACUUAGCAGAAAUAAAUUUUAAAUUACCAUCUGGAGCCAUCACACUUUUUCUGAACUACCCGAAGACUUUUUAAGCCAUCUGAUUGAAAUCUUGAUAUUUAUGUCAAAUGGGUGCAUUCAUUCAUGAUAAGCUUAUUGACCAAUUAGUAAGUAAUCAAGCUUGGCUUCAAUUUUUCUUUCUUUAUUUUUUUUUCUUGGAAAAGCAAGAAGCAUAUUCUACACCAAUCAUGAUGGUUUUCAUGAAUUGGUAGAAAUCGCUUUUAUAUACCUAUCAUUUGACUUUGCUUUGAAAGUUCACAAAAAGGAAAUAAUGAAGGCAUGUGAAUUUCAAUCUAUUAUGCGACUUUCAGGGUUGCUUUUGCCGGUAAAAGAAAAGAAUAUUUAUGAACAGCACUGGCGUCCAAUUAUUUUUAUGCUCUGACCCAUAUCCAACAGGCCUCUGAUCAUCUUACGAUUUCAGCUCUGAAACUUCCCUUGUGAUCUUCAAGGCGCUCAUACAGGUACAAUUACAUUACCCUUUUAAUCCAAAAUCAUUAUAUACGGUUAAAGGCAUCUAAUAAAUUUUGAGAUAUAAUAGAAAGAAGAUGAGAGAAGGACAAGAUAUGGUGUUUCUGUUAUCAUUUAGUUCCAAGUAUUGCAACUCACAUGCCAUGCAGAUGAAAUGGGGAAAAAUGAUCUAUGUGAGUUAACGUUAAUCCCAGCUUGUUAAUCAAGAAUUAACCUAAGAUACAGGAGCAAUAUUGCAAAAGUAUCUGUUGGUCUUUGGGAGGAGAGAUUUGAGACUGAAUUGUUUUAUCAUUUUAUUUAUUGAAGUAUGAAUAUAUUGAUAAGAAUAUGAUAGAAAAUCUAAACAAAAUAUAAAUCUUAAGAACUAUAUUUACCAAAUCAAAUCUACAUAAAUUCAUAAAUAAUCUGAAUUCUAACAGAAAACCUAAAAAUAUUAUUCUAUCUUUAACUAUUAAUUUAUUUUCUUAAAACUUCUUUAACAUAUAUAUUUUUUUGUAACGGUAAAAUAUGCAUGAUUCAACAAAUUCUGCAGAGUUUACUUGAAGCACAUUCCUCUUCUUUUUGGGGACCUUGAACACUUCCUAUAGAACUUAUUCUCGAUUUACAAGUAUUUUAUGUGCAAAGCAAUGCAUUAUUUGCAAAAUACUAUACCAUAAUUGAUUCAAACCCAUGCCAGUGGCUCCACUGUCCCUCAAGCUUCUGCAAGCUUUUAAGGACCCAUUGGAUGGUUUGUUCUCUCUGUAUCAAGGUUCUGCUUUGUUGCCACUCUUUGCAACUUGAAACAGAGCAUUACAAUUACUUAAACAUAAGGAAAAAUGAAAAGAUGUAUUUGCUAAUUGCAGCUUAAGACACAGGGAAACAGAGAUUGUAGCACCGCCUGUAUAUAAUAUAAACAUAUAUUCCGAGAACACUUGUAAUAAUCAUUUGAAUACCGAAUAUGUUUCACAUUUUUUGACAUAUUUAGUCUUAAUUUGUUCAAAUCAACACAUAAGCAUGAUUAAAAGGAAAGAGAAACUCCAGUCCUGUCUUGAGACUUACGCAAAUGUCGGUGUUGGAGACAACUGGGUAAUUUAUGCAAUUAUUACAUAACUUAUCAGUUGCAGAUGCAAGAUGAAUUAUGAAGAUAGAACUUGUAGUAGAAGCCAAAACGGCAGAACUUUAAACAAUCUUAUCAAGUUGAAGAAACAGCUUUUUCUUCACAUUUUCAGAUUCCACAAUAGCUUCAAUUACAAAAAUCUGCCUAUGCACGUCCAGAGCAUCCUCCAAAGUUACUUGUCAGGUUGGGAAAAAAGGAAUCUUUUAAAGCUCAUGCUCGUGAAUUUACAAGAAAACAAGAUUUAAUUCGUCAACACUUUAUUCUCGCAAUCGCCAGUUAGUCUGAAGGAAAUGAAUUCAAUCCCUUCAUUCCUAUCAACAGAAACGAUUCCUGUGGGAGGGAAACUUUCCUCAUUGGUCAUAAACGACAGGGAAAUUUUUUCCCGUCAAUUUGCUCCCAGUGAAAAAAUUGACAAUUGUAGAGCAUACAUAGCUAUUGAAAGCCUCAGAUUGCUAUCUAUCUGCAAAUCAAAGCUUGCCGGUAGGGCCCGUCGCUGCAAAUUUACCGGUAAAGAACGACUCUUGAGGGUACUGCGCAGGCAAGAUUGUAUCACUUUGUUCUUGGAUGAUCUUCCAUAUGAAGUUGUCAGCUCUAGAAAGAACCGUGCUGCAUCUUCUACUCCCACGUUUUGCUUUGAUGCCUUGAGUUCUUCUUCACAUGCUAAUGGAGACAUCACUGUGGAUGCUCAUAUUAUUUAUUGAACAUUUUUGUAUAUAUAAGCUUCCUGAAUUAUGUGAAGCUGCUUAACAGUUUGUUCAAUUUUUUUCCCCA